AUGGGGAAGGAUCACUUGUCGUCGUUACGCUGUCGCUCGAGCAGCCGCCACAGAAAGAAGGGUUUAGCUGCGAAAGACGAAGCCGAGAGUAGCCGGCUUUCCUCUCCAGCGCCGAUUAAUGCAGACGGAGGAGAGGCUGUGAGGAAGUCAAAGAAGAAGAGCAGAGGAGCGAGGCUGUGGAUGAGGUUUGAUCGCACUGGAGCUUCCGAAGUGGUUGAAUGCGACAAGAGUACCAUCAUCAAACGUGCUUCCAUUCCCUCCAGGGAUUUGAAGAUUCUUGGUCCUGUCUUCUCUCACUCUUCAAACAUUCUUGCGAGAGAGAAAGCUAUAGUUGUGAGUUUAGAGGCCAUAAAGCUGAUAGUGACCGCAGAAGAAGUGCUGAUCUUGGAUCCUCUCCGUCCUGAAGUUCUUUCACUCGUUGACCGACUCAAGCAGCAGUUUCCUCAGUCUCAUGAAACAAGAGUUGCACAAGAAUCUUCUCUUCUUGAUCCGGAAGCAGCAGAGGACUUGCAGAGUCAUCAUGAGCUUCCUUUUGAGUUCCAAGUCCUGGAGAUUGCAUUGAAGGUAGUCUGCUCGUUUGUCGAUAGCAGCGUGGUAGCCCUAGAGACAGAAGCCUUGCCUGUCCUUGAUGAACUAACCAAGAAUGUCAGCACCGAGAAUCUUGAUUACGUUCGAAGCUUGAAAAGUAACCUCACCAGCUUGCUUGCUCGUGUACAAAAGGUGAGAGAUGAGAUUGAACAUUUGUUAGAUGACAACAAGGACAUGGCAGACUUAUACUUAACAAGGAAAUGGAUCCAGAGCCAGCAGCAAUCCAAGGCGCUAGUGCUUGGAGGGACAACGUCUAAGCGAAGCUCUAGUAUGGUGACGUGCAAUAAUACCAAGGAAGAUGAGGACGUGGAGGAUCUGGAGAUGUUGCUUGAGGUGUACUUCACACAGUUUGAGGGAGUGAGGAACAAGAUUCUUACGGUGAGGGAGUACAUUGACGACACUGAAGACUUUGUGAACAUACAACUGGAUAACCGACGAAACGAAUUGCUCCAGAUGAAGCUGGUGCUGAUCAUAGCCUCGUGUGCGAUAGCUGCGUACACGUUGUUGGUAAGCAUUUUCGGGAUGAACAUACCAUGUCCAUUGUAUAACAUGGAAGGCAUCUUUGGUUACUUUGUGUGGAGUGCUACUGCGGUUCACCUUGUCCUUUUCUUGCUCACCCUUGCUUACGCCAGGUGGAAGAAGCUGCUUGGCUAUUAA